AUGGCUGAACCCGAUACUGCAAAGAAACCUCAGACCAAGAAGAAGCUCAUUCUCAAUGCCCUCGUGGAGGCAUGUAGUGGGUAUCAGUCACCCGGCCUGUGGCAAAAUCCAGAUGACCGCUCGUUCGAGUUCAACACCCUCCAGCAUUGGGUCAAGCUCGCUGAGCUCCUGGAAAAAGCCGGCUUUCAUGGAAUCUUCAUCGCAGACGUUUUGUUUCCAGUAAACGACCCAUUUAGGCCAGUUUCUACCAUGGCUGCGGUUACAGAGAGUAUCGGGUUCGGACUCACUGUCUCGACCACUUUUGAAGAGCCGUACUACCUUGCGCGGCGACUCAGCACGCUUGACCAUCUAACCAGCGGAAGAAUCGGCUGGAACGUAGUAACGGGCUACCUAGAAUCAACUGCCCGUAACAUCGGGCUUGACGGGCUCCCUGAUCACGACCAGAGAUAUGCCCAGGCCGAUGAAUCCAUGGAUGUGGUAUACAAACUCUGGCAAUCCUCUUGGAGGGAUGACGCUGCUAAGCUCGACCACCAAUCUGGGGUCUAUACCGACCCGGAACUUAUCCGCACGAUCGACCACGUUGGCAAAUUCUACAACGUUCCAGGCCCUCAUAUCUGUCAACCCUCACCACAGCAGACGCUCGUUAUAUUACAGGCCGGUACAUCUUCUGCCGGGAAAGCCUUCGCAGCCCAGCACGCUGAAGCCGUGUUUGUUUCCACCCUCGCCCCAGCAAUUGUAGCCCAAAACAUUGCUGAUAUCCGUGCGAAAGCCCGCGAGCUCGGCCGUGAACCGCAAGCCAUCAAGUUCCUCGCAAUGGUUACUCCUGUAUUAAGCGCAACCGAGGAAGAGGCCCAGGCCAAGUAUAACCAAUAUAUGAGCUAUGGAUCCAAGGAGGGUGCACUCGCUCUCUUCGGGGGCUAUACCGGCAUCGACCCGUCGCAAUUUGACGAUGAUCAGGAGCUACAAUACGUCGAGUCCAACGCCAUCCGGACGUCUGUGGAAACAUGGGCCAAGUACGUUGCACACGUUCCCAAGUGGACUAAGGGUGCUAUCGCAGAUGAGAUGAAGAUCGGGGGCCUCGGGGCCACUAUCGUCGGAACCCCGGAGCAUGUGGCAGAUGAGCUAGAAAGAUGGAUUCGCGAAGCAGACGUAGAUGGCUUUAACUUUGCCUACGCUCUGAUGCCAAAAACCUUUGAGGAGAUCAUCAAGUUUUUGCUCCCCGUCUUAAGAAAUUGUGGGCUCUUCUGGGAGGGUUAUGAGGUUCCCGGGGGCACGUACUGUGAAAACAUAUGGGCAAAGAAAGGGGCCGCAAGGCCUCCCUCUGACCAUCCUGCGGCUAAGUGCCACUGGAAGAAGGCGGAAUGA